AUGUUUGAGUCGCAACUGGAGAGAACAACGGCAACAGAAUAUAAUGUCGAUCUUCGUCGUGCCCAUAUCUGCAAUCGUGGUAUUCUUAUCUAUGAACAUACUGAAGAACGAUGCCUCUGUCCGCCUGCAUAUUAUGGAUUGCGUUGUGAAUUUCAAAAUCAACGUGUUAGUAUUACAUUUCAAAUUCGUACAGCUUUAUGGCAUACACAUUUUCAAUUUGUGAUCAUGCUUAUUGAUAAUGAUGAACACGAAAUUGAAUCAUAUGAACAAAUAUCUUAUUUGGGCAUUCGUGAUUGCAAUUUUAAAUAUAAUCUCAAUCUUUUAUAUACCUCUCGACCAAAACAUAUUAACAAGUCAUAUUCUGUUCGUAUAGAUGCAUUCGAUGCCCUAUCAACAUCGGUGAUCUAUCAUGGAAGUUGGCUAUUUCCAAUAACACAUUUUUUCUUACCUGUUUAUCGACUCGCUUUUCAACUCUCCGUACGAGUUGUAUACGCAAAUCCACUAAAAACUGACCAUACCAAUUGUUCUUGUGGAUCUCAUGGACAAUGCUUUGCAUAUAUGAAUACUGGAGAAUAUUUUUGUCGAUGUAUUCAUCAUGGUUGGCGAGGCAAAACCUGCCAAAUUCCAACGGAAAUUACGCCCAAUUAUUGUUUGCCAGAUUCUGUCUCGAUUGGAUCGUCUAUAUGUGUAUGUCCGCUAGGAAAAUUCGGCUCUCGGUGUUUGAUAAGUUUUGCUUCGAUUUGUAGUUCCUCGAAUCCAUGUGCACAUGGUGGCACAUGUAUUCCUGUUAAUCCUCGUAUGACAUUGGCAUACUCAUCAUUGUUUACAUGUGCGUGCAAUGAAGGUUUUUCUGGUAAGACAUGUGAGCAAAUUGAUGCACAGUUGGAUAUACAUUUUCCUCAUGGUAUGAGUGAUAUUCCAUCAUCGGUUUUAAUUCAUUUCAUCACUGUUAUAGAUAAUAACGAUCCAGAACGUACAACGACGGUCAAACGCAUCCCGUUUGGACAGAACUCAAUCCGGGUGUAUCGAUCAUUCCCGUUUCAUCUCGUUUUUGUUGAAAUAAUGAAAACAAAUCAUCAACAGAAGUCUUUCUAUUUGGUUCUUACACAACAAAUCUAUAUUCCAGCUGCUAAUAUCUCAACAUCUGAAUUUCAUCGAUGUUUACCUAUUAAUGAGUUAUUCAAUUCAACGAUUCUUUCCUAUUCUCUGUUGAGACGUGUUAAAUAUUACCAUAAAGCAUGUCAAAAACAUCUCGAUUUAACUUGUUUUUAUGAUGAUGAACAAUUUAUGUGUCUAUGCACAGAAGAUCACAACGCUAAUUGUUUUCCAUUUGAUUUUAAUAUGUCAUACACGUGUCAAGGUUAUGAUUACUGUGAAAAUAAUGGUGAAUGCUUUCAAAAUCAUCCGACAUGUCCAACAUCAGCAGUCUGUUCAUGUCCAGAAUGCUAUUAUGGAAGUCGAUGCCAGUUUUAUACAUAUGGUUUUGGUAUUUCACUCGAUACUAUCUUAGGUUAUCACAUAUGGCCACGAGUUACAUUGUCUGAACAACCAGCAGCAUUCAAACUAAGCAUUAUCAUCAGUGUUUUUAUAUGUGUACUUGGUCUCAUAAACGGCGCUCUUACUGCAGCCACAUUUUAUUCAGAAACAUCAGAUGAUACCGGCUGUCGAGUUUAUCUAUAUACAGGAGCAAUUAAUUCACUUUUUAUCACUUUUCUAUUUGCUCUCAAAUUCAUUUUUCUUGUUAUAACUCAAUUGAAUAUUCUUACGUCGUAUAUUGUACUUACAAUACAAUGUCUUUCAAUUGAUUUCGUUAUAAAAAUUUUACUUGCUGCUAAUGAUUGGUUUGCUUCUUGUGUAGCUAUUGAACGAGUAUUUACUAUUAUACACGGUAUUCAAUUUAACAAUAUAAAGAGCAAACGAAUUGCUAAAUAUAUGACUUUCAGUGUUUAUCUCUUUACAUGUACUUCUUAUCUUCAUGAAUCAAUUUAUCGAAGUUUAGUUGAUGACGUUGGUGAUCAACGAACAUGGUGUAUUGUUCGUUAUCCUCGACCAGCUAUUCAAGAUUUUGCUUCAUCAGUGAAUAUUUUCCAUCUCAUCGUACCAUUUUCAAUUAAUAUUCUAUCAGCAAUUCUUAUUAUUUUAUGCAUGACUCGAAUACGUUUUCAUGUUAAAAAACAACAAAUAGUUCGACGUCAAGUUCUAUAUCAACAAUUCAUCAAAUAUAAACAUUUAUUUAUCUCAUCAAUUCUUCUCGUGAUUCUUAAACUACCAGGUCUUCUAAUUUCAGUUUUAUCCGGAUGUAUGAAAUCACAGUCACGAGAUAUACCAUGGCUCUUUUUAUCAGGCUAUUUCAUGUCAUUUGUACCUUCGUUAUUAACUUUCAUUACUUUCGUUAUACCAUCAGUUACAUAUAUGUCAUCAUUUCAAAAAGUUUUGCAAAAAGUGCGCCGUACGACGUUAUACAAGAAAUGGCAUUGUAUGUAA